ACCAUGAGAUCAAGAGUCACCCGUUCCUAGAUUGAGCCAGCCAGGAGCCCCCCCUAUUGCCUUUAAAUGGUUCCAUAGAAAAAAAACAGUAAUAAUUUAAUUCUACUUUAUUUUAAAGUAUAUUUUAUACUCAGAGAUGGAAUUUACUUCCCUUUGUAACCCCAUCCUAUGCUGGGCUCCACCAGUACCAUUCAGUAAAGGUGAAAUGCUGCUGGGUACAGUUCUCUGCUUGAAGGUUCUUCAGAUAUAAAAAGUUACUACUUGAUGUAUUGUGGAUACCUUAGUCUUCCUAUAAAUCUCUUUCUAGCCUUCAGCCUGCAUUAUAGCACAGUGUCCUCUUUGUGUUCUGCCAUAUACAUCUAUGCUUGCAUGUAGCUAAAUAAACACAAUAUGUUGAAAGAAAGGAAUGAUAAAAAUGUGUAGGUACAAAAAGAGCCCUUUCCUUUGAUAUAAAUUUUAUUGUAAUACACAUACAGAAGAGUGUACUUCCUGAUUGUUCUUCUGGACUUCACUCUAUUUUAGUACUACAUUACUAUUGUCUGGAUUAUCUUGUAGUCUUCCGCACUCCAUACUUUCCUAAUCUUGAACCACAGCUCUCAUGUUCCCAUCUCAGCACUAUUGAUUGGUUCAUUUACUUAUAGAAUAAAACCUAGGUUUUUGACCCAGGUACUUAGGGCCUGGUGUAUUGUGUAGGUAGUAUAUAUGUAAAGAAAGAGCUGAGAAAAUCAGGGCUUGAUGUUUGCUUGUGUAAGGAUAUGGAGGAUAAAGCAGAGCUAUUCAAGAACUCUGUGAUUUUGAGCUUAGAUAUCUAAAAGAUUAUUGAUAGUCAUCCAGUUAAAGAAUAUAGUACCAUGAUGUGUCUUUUUAAUACUGUCCCUGUACUAUUUUCCAUUUCCAAAGGAAUCCACAUGGCUUUAUUCCUCUAUGUAGACUUAGUUUCUCUUUGGGUUUUCUUGUCAUUACUUAUUCAUCUACUCUGAAUCUUUUCCUGUGCUGCUUUUGUUUCUGAUUAUUCUGUGCCACUAAGGAGGAAGUCUUACUAAUUCCAAUUACAACUUAUUGUAAAUGCAAGUUUGGUUUGAAUGGUUUUCAUGCCUUGUAAAUUUGCUCAAUUCCUUUUUAGGAAGGACGAUCAAAAUGUGUUCUUGAAUGCAUUGAUCUGGUCUGUGGUGAUAAGGAAGAGCCUAGCACCUGUCAUAGUGAUACUCUGUUCCCUAAAAUGCCAAAACGACAGGGAGAUUUUUUGCGUUUUUUAAAUGUGAAGAAGGUGAAAACAGACACAGAAAAUAAUAAUAGCAAAAAUCAUUGUGGAUUGUCUAAGUCAAAGGAAUCAAAUUUCAAAUAUGUUCAACAACCAAUCAUUGAAGAAAAUCCAUCAUGUUCAUCAAAGGAAGAAACAGAUAAUCUUGUGCUUCCAGAUUGUUGGAAUGAAAAACAAGCAUUUUUGUUUACAGAACAGUACAAAUGGCUUGAAAUAAAAGAAGGUAAAUUAGGAUGUAAGGAUUGUUCAACAGUUCGACAUUUGGGAUCGAAAGCAGAAAAGCAUGUCCAUGUGUCUAAGGAAUGGAUUGCAUAUUUAGUAACCCCUAAUGGCAGUAAUAAAACUACUAGACAGGCUUCUCUGCGGAAAAAAAUUAGGGAACAUGAUGUUUCUAAAGCCCAUGGUAAAAUUCAGGAUUUGUUAAAGGAAUCAGUUAAUGACUCAGUUUCUGAUUUAGUGCAUAAACAAAAUAAUAAAAAUAUUGAUGCUACUGUAAAAGUUUUCAAUACUGUUUACAGUUUAGUAAAACAUAAUAGACCUUUAUCUGAUAUUGAGGGGGCAACAGAAUUACAAGAGAAAAAUGGAGAGGUCAACUGUUUAAAUACACGAUACAGUGCAAUAAGAAUAGCGGAACAUAUUGCAAAAGAAAUGAAAAUGAAGAUAUUUAAGAAUAUUAUAGAAGAGAAUGCCAAAAUCUGCAUCAUAAUUGAUGAGGCAUCUACAGUUUCAAAGAAAAGCACUCUAGUGAUUUAUCUCCAGUGCACAGUUCAGUCUGCUCCUGCACCAGUUAUGUUAUUUGUUGCUUUAAAAGAAUUGGUGUCAACCGCGGCAGAGUUUAUUUUUAAUACAAUAUUGAGUUCUUUAAAUGAUUGUGGCGUUACUAAUGAGUAUUUGAAAGCAAAUUUAAUUGCAUUUUGUUCUGACGGUGCUAAUACAAUUCUGGGAAGUAAGUCUGGAAUAGCUACAAAGUUGUUAGAAAAUUUUCCUAAAAUCAUUAUUUGGAACUGUUUAAACUAUCGAUUGCACUUGUCACUUGAUGAUUCAAUAUCUGAAAUAAAACAAGUUAAUCAUUUUAAACUAUUUCUUGAUAAAAUUUCUUCCAUUUAUCACCAGUCUAAUAAAAAUCAAAACAAGCUUUUAGAAGCUAUAGCUAAAGAUCUUGAAAUAGAAAUUAUUAAAAUUGGCCGGGUAAUGGGACCAAGAUGGGCAGCAUGUAGUUUACAAGCUGCUACUGCUGUAUGGCACGCAUAUCCUGUAUUAUAUACGCAUUUUUCUAAUUCUUGCUCUAGUUUGGCAAAGAGAUUAGCUAACAUUCAUUUUUUGCAAGACCUUGCUUUAAUGAUUGACAUUCUUGAAGAAUUUUCAUUACUUUCAGCUGCAUUACAGUCCAAAUCAACUAACAUUCAGAAAGCACAAAAAUUUAUCAAACGCACCAUAAGAGCUUUGGAAGAUUUAAAAAUUGGUACUGGAAAGCACGAGUCUCAAAUUGAAGGUUUGAUUAAGUCAGAUAAGUUUAAAGAUAUUCCAUUUAGUAAAAAUAAUAAAUUUAAUGCUCUUCCUAGGAGUAUGUUACUAGAAAAUAUAAUUGAACACAUGCAUUUACGUCUUAUAUCUGACAGAAACCAUGAUGAAAGUAUUUUUAAUUAUUUUGACUUGCUGGAACCUUCUACAUGGCCUUAUGAAGAAAUAACUUCACCAUGGAUAGCUGGUGAAAAAAAAUUAUUUCAUCUAUGUGAAAUUUUAAAAUACGAAAUUGAUUUGAAUGAUUUUCGGGAAUUUGUAAAUAAUAUAAAAUCAAACAAUGUUCCAAUUCCUACAACUAUACAAAAAGCUAAAAAGAUAGUUAACACUAUUGCAAUCAAUAAUGCUGAAGCUGAAAGAGGUUUCAAUUUAUUGAACAUAAUUUGUACAAGGGUGAGAAAUAGUUUAACAAUAGAUCACAUAUCAGAUCUAAUGACAAUAAAUUUAUUGGGGAAAGAGUUAGCAGAUUGGGAUGCAACUCCAUUUGUAAAGUCCUGGUCAAAUUGUAACCAUAGGUUGGCUACAGAUACAAGAGUUAGGCAAAAAUCAAGUUGGGUAUGA